AUGCGCAGUGGAUGGGCCUGCCUACUAGGCUUGGCUGGUGUUGCCUUGACUAAUGCAUUGAGUCUGGAAAAGAGAGAUAACCCGGCGGUUCUUGCGGUGCCAAUGGUUCGCGACACUUCGCGUCAGCUUUCCAGGCGAUCGGGGACCAUCGGUGUCGGUCUUAACAACGAGCGAGUAUAUUAUAUAUCCUAUGUCGCAAACGUGACUUUUGGCACUCCGCCUCAGAAUUUCCUAGCUUACUUCGAUACCUGGGGCAAUGGAUGUUGGCUUGAAGGGGUGGAUGACUCUGAUUGCUAUCUCUACGGGGAUCGCUCCUCUUGUGGUGGAUAUGGAGGCUACAAUUUCACUGCCUCGACCACUGCCAAAAUGCUCGAUGAGAGAUUCUCAUACAAUGACUCUGGCACUAUCACAUCUGGGGACUAUGUGACCGACGUUUUCAGAAUUGGCAAUGUCACAGUGGACACUAUGAAAAUGGGGAUCGUGGAGGAUGAUGUGAUAACUGCCAACACUUUCGGACUCGGAUACGGAGAUGCAUCUUCCACCUCUCUGACCCAGGCAUUAGCCGAUGCCGGUGCCAUCAACUCUCCAGCUUUUAGUCUUUGGCGCCAGACGGCUCUGUUCGGCGGCGUUAACAGGGCCAAGUAUACUGGUCCUCUCUACACAUUCCCCAUAGUCAACGGAUCAGACCUUGUAAAAGCUUUCCGUAUCAACAUGACUGACAUCUCGAUCAACGAAACAUCCGCAGUGACCAACGACUUUCCGCUGGACGCUGUCUUCGAUACUGUGUUUGAUAUGACCUACGUGCCUAAAUCUGUGGCUCAGGCUCUGAAUGCCCAAAUCGGCACCGCCUCUGCUCCGGAUAGGUGGGGGCAAGUCAAUCUCUCUUGCAGUGCAGUGGGCGAGAACUCGACAAUAGAGUUUAAAUUCGGAGAAUUGGAGUUUCAAUUUUAUCUCAGCGAUUUCAUUACCCAAGAAAGUGAAACUGCCGCGAAAUAUGGGUGGAGUCCUGAUGAAGACACGUGCUAUUUCACGAUCUGUGAAAACAUGCAUUACCAAAAUGAGGGAAGCAUCAUUUUGGGCUCCAACUUCAUCAGCAAAACUUAUGCUGUUUUUGAUCUGGAAAAUGACGAGGUUUCAUUGGCCCUACCCAACUGGCGCAACGCUCCAGACGAUAUUGUCGAAAUCACAUCGGGGAAGAAUGGUGUGCCCGGCACGACGAGUGGUGUGACUUCGACGACAAGUGGGGUGUCUUCGACGACGAGUGGUGCGUCUGAGACGACGAAGCAUUCAGCCGCUACACGCACUGAAGCAGGCCUGGGUAUGGGAGCUUUGAUGUUCAGUGCUGCUCUGCAAAUCUUGGUCUUCUGGAUUUAA